UAAAGAGGUUAAAGAGAGUCCAAGAAGCGGGUGGAAAAAGUGAAAUAUCUAGAGGAGGAAGAAGAAGACAAAGAGAAAAAAAAAGCUUUUCGUUCCGUACAAAUGGCGCCGAAGAAGAGUGACGGAGAAGGGAAGGCGAAACCUACGACGGUGACUACGCCAGUAAGGCAGACUCGAAGCAUGGAUCGGAAGACUCGGAGCCAAACUCGGCAUGACUCGCCCGGUGGCGGUUCUUCCUCCUCCAAGCUCUUCACCUUCGAGUCUCCUGAGAAGAAGAAAAGGAAGCCGAAAGCCAAGGACGCUGGACCGGCGACUAAGAAGAUCAAGCAAGAAAAGGAGGACGACGACGACGUCGCGGCUGCAAAAGAAGAAGGAGACGACGGCGCUGAGCACAAGAGGAUCGUAAUCGAGCACUGCAAACAAUGCAAAUCUUUCAAGGAGAGGGCCAACGAGCUGAAGGAUGGUCUCGAGAUAGCUGUGCCUGGCAUCAUUGUGACUGUGAAUGCUGACAAGCCAAGGCGUGGUUGCUUUGAGAUUCGUGAGGAAGGUGGUCAGACGUUUGUCAGUCUCUUGGAUAUGAAGCGCCCAUUUAAGGAGAUGAAGGAUCUUGAUAUGGAACAGGUCAUUGCAGACAUCGUAGAGAAGCUUAAAUGAUAGACUGCAGCUAGACCAAUGCCGAAUCUUUUGUAUCUCUCUUCGGCCCUCGGCAUUAUCAAAUAGACUUCAACAGUAUGAGCAAUUGCUGGAUUUUUUUAGGAUUUAUUUUGAUACUUCUUUGGUGAAAACCCUUUAAGCUCGGUUUCAUCAUUUUGGCAGUGCUUGAUCAGUUCUGUGCAGUUUCAUUAUGCUAAAAACUUUCUGAUAUUGGUUGAUUUGAAAUGAUCCCAUGAAGCAAUUUGUUGCA